CGACAAUCGUUGUCUCGCGUUCGCCGUUUGCGACCACCGCGACGACGACGACGACGACGACAAUUUUCAGAGGAGACUCCGAUCUCGAACGACGACUCCGUCGCGUCGCGAAAACGCACGUCCCGUUCGCAGUACGUGCGUUUGUAAGUGCAUCGCAGCCGCUACCUUACGUGCACACGUGCCGUAACCGGAGUAAGCGGUUUCGAUCGGCGCCCUCUGCCGCCGGUCACGUGGCCCACGACGGUGGCUGUACGACGACUUGUGUGUGAACGGAUCGGAGAGGAGAUCGAUAAGGGUGACGAUCGCGGAAAAUGGCACGCAUCAACGCGCAGUUUGACGAGGUUUGACAUCAGUCGCCGCAACGACGACGACGUCUGCAUCGGCGCCGAUUUGGAUCCGAGAAGAACGGCUACGCUGACGGGGGAGGCUCGUUUUCGUAUCAUUUCGUGCCGUGUCAUCCCGUGGUACGUCAACGAUCCUCCCGGACUGAAGGCAAAGGAUCGACCGGGUCGAGGGUAUACUCUACGAUUAUCGUGACCGGUCCGAUCGCUCGGUGUGCUGCAGUAGGGUGAAGAAAGUGAUCUUGCGGUGACCGCGCAGAGGUGAAGGGAGUGAUAAGCUCGAUGGAACGCGCGAUCUCUUGACACCGGCAAAAGCGGAUGUUCGCAGAUGGCAACGAACGAGUGACUCGUUGAGAUACGGUACGCGAGGAGGAUCUGAUCUGUGGUGAAUUUUCGUUCGACUCGAUCGAAAUUAAAAAUAAAUAAAUUUAGUGGAACCUCGUCGUGACUUCGAUAACAAACAACGCGAUUAAACUUGGUUGGUUAAAAAUAAAAAUGAGCUGACAGUUUCAAGUGUCAACGUAAUUGCGUGAGUCAUUUGAUAAUCGCACAAAUUGAUAGUGAUAAGACAAGGAAGUCACCCGAUGAUAAAUCAAGACUCGAAAUGUGAUUUGUGCGAUCGCACAGAAGACACUUAUUAUUACGACGUACAGCAAGGAAGGGGACAUUCGGUGAAGGUGUCAAACGUCGGCGGCGCCUCAUUGACAUUUCCGUGACAUUUAGUGCGCGAUUCGACUCGAGUGUCAGACAGACACCUUUUCGUGUAACACGCGGUUACGUCCUUUUCUUUACGGGCGAAAUUUGACGUGUGUAACUCGCACGGAGCCGCGUUAUCGCGUUGUUGUACAACGACGCGUGACGAAGCGCGAGGAAGUGAGACGACGAGGACGGGAGUUGAUGAAACGUUUUUCGUGCCUUAUCGGCGUCGCAACCGGAGCGCGGCAACGACUCAUCUUAAGACUUUAUCUCUGCCUCUCUCGGAAUCCUUUAUUUGCACGUGCGCGCAAACCUCGAUAAUACGAGACCGACUUGCGCAGAGAUUGCGUCUCUCGAGCCUGGACGAGCGAGAUCGGAGCUUGUUUUUGCUGCGAAUUUAUUGAGAACACACCGCGCAACAGGUGGUUCCUCUCUUUCUCUCUCUCCUCAUAAAGGAUUCCGAGAUUUUUCUCUACGUUUUCAUUUCCGACCGACAGAGCCGAAGAUCCAUUCUCUCGGGUGGAGAUUUUCACGCUCGUAGCCAAACUGGACAUUCUUACCGCCACGUCGGGAAGAACGGAGUGGAGAUGUUCGCGGGUCGCUGAGAGAAUGAGGGAGCUGGACACCGAGAGUCCUGUCGUCUGGCCGGCCUGGUGUUACACUGGUGAGGUGUCGGGCGAGAACGUGUCAGCGGGCACGGGACCGCGUGGUGGUGACCGCGGUGAGGCGGCUGAUUUAGGUACGCACACGGAAAACAACGACGGGGCCACCCUGGCAGCGAACACAGCGGUCGACGCCAGGGGCGGAAGUCCCCAGGGCGCUCACCUGUCAAAUGCGGCAACCCCCAGACCGCCGAGGGGCAGAAGGCGGCAGAACCAGAAUGGCCUCGACACCACGCAAGUUAAAACGGAACGACUCACGCCUGACAACAACUCGACGUCGUCGAGAAGCGUGACGCCUUCCUCGUCGAGUCACCCGGGAACGCCGCCGAAUGCCACGUCCUUGGGCGGAUCAGAAGGUCCGCCGGCGCCUCAUCAUCUCAAGCACGUGGAGCAGAUGAUGGGACGAAACUAUAGCGACUUCAUGAGGAGCCUCGCCGCCAAGUACAACAACGCCAAUCCUAACGAUUACUUCAGCACGCCGAGGAAUGGAUACCCGCCGGGUUUGGAUCCGAGGUUUCCGGCGUUCAAAACCGCAGCGACGCCGUUCGUCGGUUUAAUGGCGCCCAUAGGAACCCCGCAACCACCCACUGUCCCGACGACUUCGCCGCUUUCGAAUAAAGAUCCGAAAGAGCAGAAGCAAGACAAUCUCUUUGGCAAUCCCAUGUUUCCGCCUAUGAUCGAUAUGUCUUCAACUCAGGCGCUUCUGCACAUGGUACGAACUGCCAAUGCGGCUCAAAACGCAGCGGAAUUGGAAACAUAUCUCAAGGGCGCGAAUAAGAGAGACGCGGGAGUGACAAGUCCGUUGGAUCUUUCGAGUCCCGGUGGUUUUGCGCCCCGCAAACGGCAAAGACCGGAAACAAGAAGGUCCGAGAGCGUGUCCCCUAAACCGAAACCCACCGCGAGACCGACCACACCACCGCCAGUCAGAUGUCCGUCGCUCUGCGGUCACAUGCCCUGCGGCGACGGGCAGGCCGUGAAUCGCUGGACCAUCGAGGACGUCGUUAAUUACGUCUCGUCGAUCGACAUCUGCGCCGAAUACGCACAGAACUUCCGGGAGCAUCGUAUAGACGGCGCGGCUCUACCGUUACUCUCGGAGGAGCACCUGACAGGGCCGAUGGGCAUGAAGCUCGGUCCGGCCUUGAAGUUGCGCGCGAUGCUGGCCCGAAAGCUGGGCUCCUGCACGGUGUGUCUUCACUGCGCGCACUGCCAUCAAACGCCGGUAGCGGCAUUGAACGCCGCGGCCGCGGCAGCGGUGACGCAACAGCAACAGCAGCAGCAGCAACAACAGCAGCAGCAGCAGCAGCAACAACAGCAGCAGCAGCAGCAACAACAACAGCAGACGCCGGGCCGACGACCCAGCAGCACUGGAAACUGACAAACAAUGGCGGAGACUCCCCCGUUGGGGUCCGAAGCUGCGGCGGUCGGCACAGGCCCAGCGCCACUGUCUCCGGACCCGAACCGGGCCCUCAGGAUAGAACGGCGCAUACCCCGUCCGAUACGCAAACCGGAUGUCGUCUUCAAGAAGCCUAUCAAGCAGUGACACGCGAGAAGACGCUUACGCGCUUAUCAAGGAGUAUGGAGACUCCGCCUGUUUGUCAGUGAAACGAACACUCGAGGGGAGUUUUGGAGAAGAGAAUUCAGACUGCGGGGUUCGACACGUUCGGACCAAAGACGAAUUCUCCUUGGUCUUUGACUACUUUAUCGGAGAGAAAGACAGAUAGAGAGAGAGAGAGAGAGAGAGAGACACGAAGGAAAAAACUAUUUUUGAAAGUCUAUAUAUGUGUGUGAAAUUGAUUGACUGACGAACGAAAUUGAAUUGAGUAAGUAUAAUUGCGAGGAGUUGAAGGCAAAACUCUGAUUUAUAUCUGACGGCAUAUGUACGUAUAUACACACAGGCAGUGCUGUGAAUGCUUUUACACAUAAAGUCGCAUCGAUAAUGCCUCAUUAACUUUCUUGACAAUGAAAGAUGCAAUUUCAUGUGUGAAAAGACAUUUGCGCGCCACUACGCCACGUACGAGAACUUAAAAAAAUGUAGCCAAUUAAUGUGACUUUUUUUUUGUAGAGAGAAAAGGAAGAGAGAUUUAUAAAACCCAUGUACAUACGGCGCGAGCAACGUUUAUGUUCGAGAGUAAUCGGUGUAGCGCAAUUGUUGUUGGGCGGAAUUUGUUUCUUUUUUAAUAAAGAAACAAAUUGUCCAACGACUGCGUGAAAGACGAGCGGACUGCGAAAUUCGCUAUCGCGAUGUAGUAAGAAAAGGAGCGGAGGUUCAACUCCUUUUUUUUAAGUUGCCGGGAUAACUCGCUGCGAAAUAUAAGCGUUGUCUUUAUAAUUUUAAAAUCUGAUGUGAUCUACAUAUACAUAUAUAUAUGUGUACAUAUAUAUAUAUGUAUAUAUAUUAUAGUAUAUAUGUAUAUAUACUAUAUACUAGUAUAUAUGUAUAUAUAUAUAGUAUAUAUACUACGAAUUCAGUACUUAAAUCUAUUUUGCACCGUGAAAAAUAGGAAAAAAAAACAAAUUAGAGAAAAACGCAUAAUAUUGAACAAAUAACAUACUCUUUUCACUUGUAGUAUGCAAUUUGUUUCAAUAAACGAGUCUUCCACAGCGAAUGUAAUGAUAAUUGUAUAUUUAUUAAAAGUACAUUUAUUUUUUAACACAUUUUCACUUUUUUAAAAAAUAUUUUAUUUAAUCGACCCAAAUUCUCUUCGCGAGGCACAAAUAUCUUCAAAUAUUAUAUACGCAAGUACAUUGACCAGACUAAUUUUGUUCAACAUGUAAGUGUGUAACGAUUUGUUGUUUUUUUUUGUUGCAAAAAAUAAUCAAACAUCAGUGCCUUCUUUUGUCAAGUCUUCCACGACGAUAUCGUGCACGAUCGAUUUAACCCCUUCAAUUAUUCUCAAUUAUCAAAAAAAAAAUCCAUAUUUCUCGAUCAUCGGAUUUUCGUGAUCGCAACCGAAAGCGAAACCGCACGACAUCGUUUUCUCGAUCGUGUGUUCGAACGGCUUGCAAGAAGUUUGACUCUGUAAUCGAGAUAUGACUAACCUGACUUUCAAAAAAAAAAAGAAAAAACAAAAAGAGACAAGAAGAAAUAAAAGAGAAGAGACAGGAAGAGUACGUGAGAGAUAACAAAAAGAAAAAAAAAGGUACGUGUACCUGUAUGUGUACAUAUAUAAGAAUGAAUGCGGAUCGUAUAUAGACGCGCGAGUAAGAUUUAUGUAUAAAUAUAUAAAAAGAAGACGAUCUAUAAAAUUAGAUACAAUUACGUGCAAUAACAAAUAAAUAAAUAAAUACGUUUUUGACGCGAUAAUAACUUUUAACUCUAUAACCGUAGGAGUUAUAUACGUAUUUGCUCAAAUCGUUGUUUCUUUUAUAUAUUUUAACGAAGUUUUUAUAUGGAGAAUAUUACGAUAUAAAUAUAAUAUGUAAACUAAAUUAUAUUUUUGCUAACGUUCUACGUGCAAAAAUAAAGUGUACACAGGCGAGAGCUCACAAAUAUACACACACAUUACAUAUAUAUAUAUAUAUAUAAAUAUAAACAUAUAUAAACACAUCGAUGACGUGUGGAUGACGACGAAGUUUCGCGAACGAACCCGCGUGUAGGGAAAAAAAUUGUACAUUUUUAUAUUUUAUGUCCUCUUUGGAUCCUCUCGAGGUUCAACAUAAAAAACGCGAACGUUUAUUUAUUUAGAGAUGUAGCACACUCGUUGCCUUAAUGUAUUCACGUAAUAAUUAAGACGUAAGUGGGGUGGUAAGGACGACCGCGUUUAAAACGUACACCAUUCGCGAGAGAAGAAGCAAGUUAGGGUAAAAAAAAAACAAAAAGAAAAAAACAAAAUCGGUUUGUAAGAGACGAGCAGUAUUUGUUUUUUACACAUACAUUAAUCUGAAUUUACUACUGCAGAUUACAAUAAACUCGUAACUGUAUAUGUACAUAUACACACACAUACACAACACAUAACAACACGCCUAAACAAGCACGUUUUUCCCAAUACGUGCGUCCGCGCUCCCGAGUUUGCGUUUUGUGGAACGAAAAAAAAAAAAAAAAAAAAAAAAAGCAAAGAUUUUCGCGGGAAAUCAUUUCGGAACGUGUUCGAUUUGAUCGAGCGGCGAUCGUAGUUUAAAACAAUCGGAGAAUUGUCACUGUCUCUCUCUUGCGGUGAAAGAAGGAAAUUCCAUCUUGUAUGUCGUUUCCUGCGGCCGAUUACAUAAGCGUCUGUUACUACUAGUACGAAAUUACCAAUGGUAAUUAGACGUUUGUAAUCGCGUGCGAUAUUACAUUUGCCUUCCACCUCAUGCAGAAAAGCUAAUUGUAGGUUGAGGAGUUUGUUUACGUGUCUAUUAUUUAUAAUUAGCGCUACGAUAUCUUUCAACAUACAUUAUACAUAUGUGCAUACGAUAAACGCGUGACUAAGGAAACAUUUCUCUCCUUCCUGUUUGUUGCCCAAUAGAACGCGACACUCGCUUCUCACAAGAGACGGGGCUCGCGCUUUUCGAUUUACAAAGAACAAGCAAUUAAUUUUAUCACACGAACUCGGGCGCGCUACACUAACCGAGAGAAAUAGCGGCUUUUACUUAAACAAGACACUUGUACAUAAUGCUUGAGCAUUUAUUUAUGUCGUGCUUUUACAAAAUGUCCCGUAGUAUUUUAUUAUGUAGUAUUCUAAGUCGCGAGAUGUGUGCGUGUGUGUGUGUGUGUGUGCGUGCGUGCGUGCGUGCGUUUACACGCUUUUGUGCGGUAACAUGCGUACUGCGAGCGUUACGCGUUGAUUAUUAUUUCGCGCAGCAGCAAAUUCGUUCAACAGGAAGAAAAAACAAAUAAACAAACACGAAGAAAGAGAGCGUCGAAAUAAUUAAAUGUGAUGACAGAUUCUUUCCGCGAAGAGCAAUUCAAAUCAGUUGCGGAUGACGAAUAAAGAAUCAAGACAAAUGAAACGAAACCGGCAAUAUACAAGGCAAGUUUUUGUGAUAUUUCAAGAUUUUCCAUCCCCUCCCAACACACCCUUCUCACAGUUUUGUUCUUCGAUAUAUAUAUAUAUAUAUACAUAUAUAUAUAUUUCGCUUUCUGAAAAGAAAAAAAGAAAUCUAUCGAAACGCAUCAUCUCAUCUCACUCAAUUUUUUCCCUCAAACUCUUUUUAUUUUUUCAUCGCGAGUCUGUUUUGUGUAUUAUCUUACGAUUAAUUGUCAUAUCAUGUAUAGUAGAAGUUAAUGGUGAAAAGAGGAAAAAAAACAGUACACUGUUUCUGUUAAAAUAAACUUUGUUGAAAAAUA